GCCUGCCAGCCAGCCAGGCCUCUCUGAGCCAGGAGGCGGCUGCAGGCCAGCAUGGCGUCCACUUCGGUGUUGGUCAACCGGGAGGAGACGGGUGGGGUGGCCACGGGCACCUACUCGUACUGCAGCCAGCCUCGGGCCGUGCCCAACCGACAGCGGUACCGGACGACCCUGGAGGCCAAUGAGCUGGAGGAGGAACCGGUUCACUAUGCCAACCUCAUGUAUGAGCGGAGAGUGGUUCGUGGCAACACGUAUGCCCUCCACGUGUUACCUUGGAGCAGUGAGCCUGAUCCGCUGGAGCUACAACGCCAGCGGGAAGCUCAUCGGAAGAUGCUGGCGAGGAAGAGAGCGAAGGAGCAGCUGCGGACCAGAACUCCAGAACCCCUGGAAGGCAGGCGCCACGUGGAUGUCCAGACAGAAUUGUACCUGGAAGAACUGUCAGACCGCAUCAUCGAGGUCGAUGUGGAGUGUCAGACGGAUGCUUUUCUGGACCGGCCGGCCACCCCGCUCUUCAUCCCUGCGAAGACCGGCAGAGACGUGGAAACGCAGAUAUGGGAAGGAGAGCUUUUUGAUUUUGAUAUCGAAGUCCGGCCCAUGCUUGAGGUCUUGGUGGGCAAAACGAUCGAACAGGCUUUGCUGGAGGUGAUGGAAGAAGAGGAACUGGCCAAUCUGCGGGCACAUCAGUACGCCUUCCUUGAGAUGCGGGCGGCGGAACUCGCUGAGGUCCAGCGCCUUGAAGAGCAGGAGAGGAGACACCGAGAAGAAAAGGAACGUCGUAAGAAGCAGCAGAUGGCAAUGCUGCAGAAGGAGAAAGAAACGGCGGAGAAGAUAGCCGCUCGAGCUUUCGCCCAACGCUACCUCUCCGAUCUCAUCCCGUCUGUCUUCGGCAGCCUGCGGGACAGCGGAUACUUCUACGAUCCGGUGGAAAGAGACAUUGAGACAGGCUUCAUCCCAUGGAUCAUGGAUAAGAUGGAAGACCUGAUGGAAAGACGCGCCCUCGGCCGAAUCAUUGCUGAUAGCUUAAUUCGCAACGUGAUGGAAAUGAGGCUGCAGGCCUUCGAAGAGGGUGCUUGGCCUCCACCGUCCGACUUUCCUGAGCUGAAUGACAAGGAAGCAGAGGAGUUGGAAGCCGCUUUCUCCCUGCCGACCGAGUCCUCGGGGCCGCCGAGGGUUCCCGACCAGCCUGAAGACUCGGGCCGGGCAGAGGCUCCGGUGAGUCAGGCAGACGUUCCCGCCAGAGCCGAAACCUCAGAACAGCUGCCAGUCCCAAGCCAACCAGAAGACGUUCAAGGCCGAGCCGAGCCGCCGGAGAAUGUGGGGUCCGAGCUCCAGUGAAUUGAAUUGUUGCAGGAAGAAGACGAGAGCAGCUAAACAAGCCUGUGAAAAUUGGCAAAUUAUCACAUUUAUUUUGCUACGGUGGACAAAGUAAUAAAUGGAAAGCUGUAGGGAUUUUUUCCCCCCCACUUUUGCUCCAGCAAAAGGAAGCUUCCUUCCUCUUAACAGUUCUCUUUUAACUCUUUAUUUGCCUUUAUUGUAUAAAAUGUUUCGUCACAAAUUUAAAACAUUGUGGUCCUGGAUAAAACCUGAUGGGCCUUAUUUUGUUAUUUAAGUCAAUUUGGAAACACUGGAAAAAUAGGACUUCAGCUGAGCUUGGAACGGGUUCCUUCCUUUUAAACAGGAUUCAGAUAAGGAUAAUAUUCAACCUGAUUCUGUUUGCUGUGAUUGUUGUCGUUGCAAAGAGUUAACCAUAAGUAAAUAAGUUCUUUUCGUUUGGUAUUGAUACUCGCUGGAGUUGAUCCGGGAGAGGGAACUGAAAAAAACGACGUUAUGAAAAUGUAGCUUGUCCGUGUGGUUUUCCGUUCUUAAGUCUGAAUUGUUAUUGUUGGUUUUUUUUUUAUGACUUCAGCAAAAAGGAAUCCUGCGUUUUGAAAUUGUUCUUUUUCUCUUACAAAACUUUUAAUCACGGAGGAGGAGAAUGAACGAUGUGAAAACAACUUCCUUUUAAACGUUCCCGGUUUCUCUUUUACAAAUGAUUUCUUUACGCUGGCUUGGCAGAAGGUUGCCUGUAGUUACUGGUUGUGUUCUUAGAUAGUGAAUGAUAGUUUACCCUGUUCUGUUUCUGUUUAUCUUCGAGAAGUGAUGCGGGGAAAGUGGGUACGCGCACCCACCUAUAAAUAAUAGCCCUUGUACAAAUGUUAGGAUAAUACUGAAUUUGCUGAGUUGCAUUGUCUUUUACGCAGGACUCUGGCAAGAUGUAUUGUCUGUUUUUUCUGUUUUCUUUUAUAUAAAAAAUCACUGAAGAGAGAAA